AUGCCUACACAAUUAGACCACCUAGCAACGGAAUUACUACUGAAAAUCUUCACUUUUCUUGAUAGACCACAAGCAUUUUCGCUUUCUUGUCGAAAGCUCCACUACAUUACCAAAGACCCUCACGCAAGAGCAGACUACUUCCUGCGAAAAUAUGGCCCAAGGUUGGCCAUCUUUUAUUCAAUAAAAAAUCAUGCUAAAAUAGUCAACAAAGCAACAGCCGAGGCAUUGAUAUCGUCGGGUGCUAUAGUGUCGCGAAAUCUGGCACAGCGACUGGUGAAAGACUAUCUUGAGCGGCAACCCAACGAAUAUUUUAGGUGCUGUUGGACAAGUAAGUUAUCCUUUGGAACUUACUUGGUCUUUUUAAAUAAAGCGUAUGAGCUAUAUGGCGAUAACCUAUGGGCAAAGGACGCAAUGGAUGAUUGGGAACAGUUCAGGAUUUGCGUCUCUUUGUUGAGUGGAGUAGACUUCGAUCUUGUUGACCAACCAAACAAUACUAGUGACUCUAAUCGUGAUUAUAUAAAAGAACUAGUAAAUCGGUACCAAGUGGUGCCUCUACCUCUCCAGUACUGUUAUGCUGCUAUCUCGGAUACCUUUGUCACAACCACACGUCUUGGAGAUCAACAAUUAUUAGACAUGGCACUAUACGACCUAUCGAAAUUCGAUCAUUAUGAGUUUGUCAAUAUAGUUCCGACCAUUAUCGAAAAGCUCAUAUAUAACAAGCCCACCCCCCAGCAUCUUAAAAAACCAUUGGAUAACUUGUUCUCAUACAAGUAUCGAAUUCUCGAAGAAUUGGCAUUGGAACUAAUUCGGAAUUGUGGCCUCUAUAACGUACCAAAUAUAAUUUUGGAAACGUUAAUCGAACGACGCGAUUCACUGCCGUUCGACCUGAAUCAAGUGGUCAUUCGAGCAAUCAAUGACAAAUUCCAUUCUAUUUAUAUGUAUAACGGAGCACCGGAUAAUAUCGAGGCUCUGUACCACUAUUUCCCGGAAUUCCGUGAUCAAAUACGGGACAACUUGAUCACACUGUUCUCCAAUACUCAUUAUGGAGGUAUCGUGUGCAAUCGAAAUGAUGCCAGUUACUACGGGUAUGGUGUGGGUUGUGUAGCCAUGGGAUUUAUACUCAGUAAAUUUGGACCAAAUGAUCAGGUGACCGAGCUUUGCUUUGACGCGAUCGUGCGUGAUGUUAUUGACAAAGAUGCCAAAUCAACUAAUAGUCAAAGAAACAGCUUUAUUGGAUCAAGAAAUGCCAGUUAUAAUAAUUCUGGUCGUAAUAACAACAAUAAUGCAUCUGUGGAUGGUACAACUCCAUUAAAAGGAUCACCCGAGUUUUUCAUUAAAUAUAUUGAAGCUGGUGUCAGAGUUCGACCCGAACAUCUAAAGAUGGUAGUAGAAAAGGGGAUGAAAAGAAAAUGGUUUCUAAAAGAACUGUUUGUGGCACUAGAGAAAAUGUUAAAAGGAGAAAAAACUGUAGAAGCUUAUCAUCACGGUAGAUCUAGAACAUCCUCGGAUCUUAGUAAAGUGGCUCCUUCAAAUCUUAAUGCCAUGACGAUGACAAUUGGUGCUUUACCUGAAGGAAAGCACCAACUACAACAGAACCAACACGAAUCAUCAUUAGAAGAUAAGAAAGCAUUAUGGCGUAAGACUAUCGAAGAAGUUCUUGACCAAGAGCGGGAAAGUCGAACCGCUAAACAGUGGUCCACAAAGUCGCGACUAUAUCGAAUGUUGGAAGAGUUGUAUAAGCGACAUUUUCGAUGA